AUGGAGUCGGGCGCGGACGGCUGUCUACCCGGGCCAUGCGAAGCUGAGUACAACCUCCAAAAUUUUGUGGCGCUUGCUUGUGGCGUGUCGGCUUUUGAAUGGCAUGUCUGUGGAGCUUCAAGCGCUUUGAAUUCCGGACCCGACGGUGGACGUUUGCAGCCCGAGGCGCAUGAGACAGGCAAACCUGAUGGCGUGCCGGAAAUUGUGACUUUGCUGUUUGUUGGAGCCACAGCAAGCUCUGCGCCAAGAUAG